CUUUCCUAUAUAACACAACAUUCAAGAGCCAAGAAAGCAGACACUGGGAUCCUCAUCAGUGAAGCUACUUCGUUUGCAAAUUCACAGGAAUCAACUUUGUUUCUUCAGCAAAGGAGCAGCAGCCAAGAAGCAGGUUUUCAGUCUUUGUAUCUCGGUCCCUCCACGUUGAGUCCAGAUUAAGGAGACCAUGCCGUUCGGUAACACCCACAACCAGUUGAAGAUGAAGUACUCGGCAGCGCAGGAGUUUCCUGACCUCAGCAAACACAACAACCACAUGGCCAAGGUGCUCACCAUGGAAAUGUACGAGCGCCUGCGCGACAAACAGACCCCCAGUGGCUUCACACUGGACGAUGUCAUUCAGACUGGGGUUGACAACCCAGGCCACCCUUUCAUCAUGACUGUGGGCUGCGUGGCUGGGGAUGAAGAAAGCUAUGAACUCUUCAAGGACCUCCUGGACCCCAUCAUUAAGGACAGACAUGGAGGAUACAAGCCUACAGACAAACACAAGACUGAUCUCAACCCAGACCACCUGAAGGGUGGCGAUGAUCUGGACCCCAACUAUGUCCUGAGUUCCCGAGUGCGCACGGGGCGCAGCAUCCGUGGCUUCUGCCUGCCACCACACUGCAGCCGUGGAGAGAGACGCACCAUUGAGAAACUCUCUAUAGAUGCUUUAAGCUCCUUGGACGGUGAUCUGAAAGGGAAAUAUUAUGCGCUGAAGAACAUGACGGAGGAAGAGCAGCAGCGGUUGAUUGAUGACCACUUCCUGUUUGACAAGCCUGUCUCUCCCUUGCUGCUGGCUUCUGGGAUGGCUCGUGACUGGCCUGAUGCCAGGGGGAUCUGGCAUAAUGACAGUAAGACCUUCCUGGUCUGGGUGAAUGAGGAAGACCACUUGCGUGUCAUCUCCAUGCAGAAGGGGGGCAACAUGAAGGAGGUUUUCACUCGCUUCUGCACUGGACUCACCAAGAUUGAGGCCCUGUUCAAGCAGAAGGGUCACGAGUUCAUGUGGAAUGAACACCUGGGCUACGUGUUAACGUGCCCAUCUAACUUGGGCACUGGUCUCCGAGGGGGUGUCCAUGUGAAGCUGCCCAACCUCAGCAAGCAUGAGAAGUUUGGUGAUAUCCUCAAGAAGCUGAGGCUUCAGAAACGUGGAACAGGUGGUGUGGACACAGCAGCUGUGGGAGGAGUUUUUGAUGUCUCCAAUGCUGACCGGCUAGGUUUCUCAGAAGUGGAGUUGGUUCAGAUGGUCAUUGAUGGAGUUAAGCUGCUCGUGGAGAUGGAGAAGAAGCUGGAGAAAGGCCAGCCUAUUGACGACCUCAUGCCCUCCCAGAAGUGAACAUUUAACAUUUGAACCCACACCUCCAAACCAAUGUUAACCAUUUGGAAUUCACUCCCACUAGUGUUAAGAGGCAGUACAUUUACACUUCUAUCUGUACAACUUAAUUUUACUAUCUGUACAACGUAAUUUUAAAAUCUCUAGAAAUGUUCAAAUGGAUUGUUAAACUUCAAAAAAAAUAUUUUCCCUCUUCAAUGUUUAUUAGUACCAGUGUUCUGUUUAUUGCAUGCCACUGCAAU